AUGCCAGCUUCAUCGUCGCCGCUCUUCGCGCCGUCUUUCGGACUCUUGCUUGGCUCGCGGGGUCUUCCCCUUUCUCGCUCCGCUUUCCUCCUUCUCUCCUUCCUCCUUCCGCUCGUUCGCGUCUCUCUCUCCGCUCACUGCCAAUUCCACGCCCGACCGGCUCCGCCGUCACCGCCGCGGUUCCGUCCUCGCUCCUCGCCCUCCUGUCCCUUUUCGUCCUCGCGAUCGCCUUCUUCUCCCUUUCCCUGCGCUGCUUCAGCUUCGGCUCUCUCCUAUCACAUCCCUCUGCCGUUACGACGUGGCCGGACUUCUCUUCUCCCCUCCAGUCUCGGGUUCUCGCUGGCUUCGAGUAUUGGCGGUCCCCGACAGCACCGGCCUGCCGGCGAAGCGCCUUUCUGUCCUGCACGCGCCGCCGCUCGAGUCCCGCUUUGUGCGCUUUCUCCUUGCCGCGUCUCCGAAAAAGACGCGCGAGUCUCCUGCUCGGCAAACCCCCCCGCUGUCCGGUUUCCGCUCGUGUGCGGCUCCACGACACGUGCCUCGUCGUGGACAGUCUCCCACCCUUUGCGUCUUCCAAUUCGUCCAGAGAGAUCCGCCGUGCGCCCAGAGGGAGGCGCUCAUCUCGCCUCUCUUUCCUCGUCCUUCUUCGCCCUCGCACCUGCGCGUGCACGCGCUUUUCGCGAGAGCCGACGAGGAAAAGAAAACACAGAUGCGCCGCUUGCGUCCUUCUCUCCGACAAAGUCGUGCGACCAGACAUCCCUCGGAGGCCUGAAGCGAGCGGCGAAGACGACGACGAAACUCGACAGACUCGGCGCGUCUCAAAAGGAAGAGCGGGGAAAGCGUGGACUUGGAGAACGAACUCGACAAUCUGGAACUUUCACGCGUCAAACAGAGGGUCCGCUCGCGGAUCUCUCGUUUCUUUUGCGGUUCUGCUCUGUCUGCCCUUCUUCAGCAGAUUCGUCCUCCCUGAGGUCUCAUCGGUCCGCCCCACCUGUCUCUUCUCUGCCUGGCGCAGCUUCUUCGUUUCGACUGGAGUCUUCACACACAGCCUCCCAGGCGCCUCUCGCCGCUUGGCGCUGCCUGUACACCAAGGGGGAAAGCGGGCGAGUGUUUUUCCUUUUUCAGGAGAUUGACGAUGAGGUGUCGCACCGACUAGCCGCACGUCUUCUCUUUUCUGACAGACGAAGAAACAGGCGCACAAACCGCGAGGCCAGCAAAGCCUGGGAAUCCUCUCGGCUUCACCAUCCUCUCCCUGCGUCUCCCCUUCCUCAUCCUGCUUCUUUGUCUCUGCCUGCGAAUGCUCUUCCGUCUUCUUCAGCUUCUUCUUCCUCUUCUUCAGAUUUUUCUUCCGCAUCUCUCUCGUCAUGUUCUUCCCCGUGUUCCGAGGACGCUUGGCGCAAAUGUUUGCAGGGUGGGUCGCACGGGCGCCUGCAGGCUCCGGGCGAGGAUUGCACUUCUUCCCCGUUUUCUCUCUCUAGCGACAGAUGCGCGCGUGGCAGCUCCAGCCCUGUAGGCGGUCCGAUCGCACUGAACUCAGAGCCGAACGGUGAAACUGUGCAAGAUGGACAGGCAGAAGAAGAAGCGGAAGGAGGCGAGAAAGAAAGAGAAGAAGGCGAAGAGGAAAGCGUGGACGAGCAGCCAUUUGUUCUUUUCUUGAAUUCUCCUGGUGGAUCUCUCAAUGCUGGCCUUGCCUUGUUUGACGUCAUCUCGGUGAGUUGUUUUGGGAAGCAGGCGGGGGAGAUCGUGGAAGAUUCAGGGAAAUUUUCACAAACCGCCGGGGGAGCGUGGAGAGAACAUGACGAAGCUUUCGAUGGAGGGCGUGUGUGGUUCUUUCGAGAGAACACAGGAGGGAAAACGCAGAAAGGCGGUGCAGAGACAAACCGAAUGGCUCGACCAGAAAACGGAAAGUGGAAAGACAUGGAUAGGAGGAAAGAGGUGUAUCUGCGACACGCGGUGGAGAGACAGCUGGUCAAGAAAGUCGAAAGGGCUGUACACGGUGAAUAUGGGGCUGGCGGCGUCGGUCGCAUCUCUGAUUCUCGGCGCGGGGACGCCGGGGCACCGCUUUGCCGUGGAGAGCAGUUCGGCGCUGCUGCACCAGCCUGCGGGCUCGCUAGCUGGGCUUCCCAGCGACCUCGAAACCGAGAAAAGCGAAGUCAAGAAAAUCAGUCAACGCGUCGUCCGCCUGUGACAGGCCGCCCUGAGGCAUCGCUUCGGCUAGACAUCGAGAAAGAGAAACUCUUGACAGCUGAAGAAGCUCGCGUGUAUGGCCUCGUCGACGCAGUUCUGCCACUCUUUGACGGAGCCGAAAAACUGCUUUAA